ACAGACCCUCACAAAUCAUCUUUCUUCAUCUUCUGGAGCUUGUCCUUCGAUGUCAAUUUUCCCUUGAGUUUAUUCUCCUCUUCUUCACCCCAAACAAACCCUAAAACCUGCAAAACAUUCCUCAUAAAAUGAUAAGCCUUUCCGCGCCUUACAUAAAGAAGAUCGUGAAUGAUUGCCAGCAUUUCGUCACCUCUGGUGAGCUUGGAUAGUUUAUAUGCCACAUUUGUGUAUUUGCCUUGUUCAAUGACGAAUUCUCUGGGGCCAUCCCUAAUGGUGGAAGGAUCAAAGAUUUUUUCAGGAUUCUUUUCUCUCACAGGCCGAUCCAGCGGAGUAGUACGCGUUGAAAGUAAAUCCUCGGUUAAUUCCGAGUAUAUUUCACUGGGAUGUGAUGAGCUUCCUGUAUUGAAAGGUAGAACACCUAUUCAGUGCUAUGCAGAUUUCAUGAGAAGCUUCAAGGAGAGUUUCCAGGACCUUCUUGUGGAAGUUCAAGUGGGGAUGGGACCUGCAGGGGAGUUAAGGUAUCCAUCUUAUCCAGAGGAUAAUGGUACAUGGAGAUUCCUUGGGAUUGGUGCUUUCCAAUGCUAUGAUAAGUAUAUGAAGGCUAGCCUGAAAGCUACGGCCGAAGCUAAAGGAAAAGAGCAGUGGGGUUAUGGAGGACCAAGCGAUGCUGGGAACUACAACAAUUGGCCAGAGGAUACACCCUUUUUCAAGCGUGAUGGUGGCUGGAAAACUUAGUAUGCUCGUUGCCCAUGGAGAGAGAAUCCUAACAGCAGCUGAAACAAUUUUCCGUGGCAGUGGUGCUAAACUCUCU